GCAUAUACUCAACGUCAGUGACACAAACCCUUUCUGAUGGCGAAUUAUUAAUAUUAUCUUAUAACUGCCUAUUGGCUAUAUCUGCCAUUGUAUUGGUUGGUGGAGCAUAUGUGUUGACCUCAUGCGGGUGGUAGCUGGAGGGAGAAUCUGAGGAGGCUCUCAAGGCUGCAUGACACGCUCUGCGGCCAAUUGGCCGUGCUGACCAUGCAAUUGGUGGUGAUGCCUUACACUUACAUCACGUCUGCAGAAACGGCGGUCUGGCAGGUGGUGGCGCUCACGGAGGGCUUUUUAUGGUCAGUGUGCCUAUUGUUGCCUAACCCGUGUGACGUACAUUUCACUGUGGCUGGAUUUGAUCGUAUUCUGUAUGGCGUUUACACGCAUUGACAUGCGCGACUUCGGUCGAUGUUUGUGCUUACGCACUAUCAAGGGGCCAAGUCCUCUUUUACUGGUUCGCCAGUUAUUUUGCUGUGGACUACGGUCCAGUUCCCAACUUUGCGUACCCUUCGGGGGGAGCGCAUUAAAAUGGUUGGCGCUCACCGUGCGCGGCGUGUGUGGGGCCGUGUACCUCCUCCACAUUUUUUUUAAAAUGUGGGAGAGCGAAGCCCUUGUAACUGGUAUUUGAUAUAAAUAUUGUGAGCCUUUUCCAAGCGGGAAGGGAUUAAUUAAUAAGGAAUUGACUGUUGUGAACCAGAUACAAGUGGAAUAGGGACAAUUUAUUGUUCUUAACCUUUUUGAGCUCUGUCUUCGUGAACGGGGUUCUUUAGCUUAUAAGACUCUACCAACAGCUUUCGAUUGCUCUCGUGAAUAUUCAUUCUUCCAAGAUACACCUAAAAGAACUAAGUUACUAUACAAACACAACGUAAAAAAGGGUCCUAACUAAGACGAUCACGCCAUAAAUUUAUUAAACGGCCUAUAUUUAAACCUUUAGAAAGAUCAAGUUAUACUGGUCACGUAAAUUAGAUAUAUUUAUAUAUCUUACAGAUAUAGAUUCUAAAGAAAUACAAGUAUAAGUGGAUAUAUAGUAGAAGAGAAAAAAGAUGGGGGGGGGGGGGUUCGUUACAACGGGUUGAUCAUGUCUUUGAUGUCAAUUAAGCGUCUGUAGUCGACGACCAUACGAUAUUUUUGCUCUCCGGUUGCAUCGUUUUUUUUUGGUCCUAAGUACACUGGAGCUUUCCACGGAGAAUGCGAUUCUUGGAUAACAUUAUCCUUUUAUAUAUUUGUCUAUUUAUUUCUUCUAUUUGUGUUGGGGCCUGUCUGUAUGGUUUAACAAAGAUUGGAUUUUCAUUCUUGAUGCAAAUUUUUACAUAUUCUAUAAAUUUCCUCACCUUCUUCGUCGUAAGUAUGAACCAAUUUGAGUUCAUUUAAUUGUUUUUCAAGUAUUUUGUCGUCAGUUUUUUGUCUGUCACAAUUGUAGUAAAAUGAAGGUCACAUUCAGAAACUAAAUAAUUUGAUACUUGUAGGGGUUAAUUAACUGUAAGAAUCACUCGUUUUUAACACUUCCUCAUUUGGUAAAUUAAAACUCGCCAAAAUAUAAUUUAUAUGGAGGGUAAUAAUUUGGGGGUGGAUAUCUUCCCAUAACAUACUGAUUACAAUUUUGAUAACCAUGAUGAAAAGGGAUGGCUGCUGAUGUUGAUAUCCUGGGUAGGGUUGGUUCUGUGACUGGUGCUCUUGCCCGAUUAAUUGUGACAUAAGAUAUUCUGUGUGCAACUUGAUGCUGUAUGCGACUAGUUAUAGUAAGUCCUAUGCGGCGGUGGUGGUAGUAUACAUAUUUGAUAUGAAGUGUAAGGUGCUGAAGGAGCCGUUGUUUGAGGAGGAGGAGGUGGAGGAGGGGGAUGUUGGAUUGGUAUGAAGGCAUUACUGCCAUCAUUGGUAUUGUUGGUGAUAGUCUCUACAUUUGUUGAAGCUGACAUGCAGCGUGGUGUUGAGCAAAUACUCGAGGUAUUUGGCCAGUGGUAAGGAAUAGAUUUUCAUCUUCCCACGUUGUACGAAAAUAAGUGCAGUUCUCUUGUACAGCCACUUCUAUUCCGAUAGUCGUGGCAAUUUUUUUAAUUUUCUUUUAGUUCUUUAACGUCAAGUUCAUAACGAAAUUUACAUUUUGCCUUUUGAACAUGUCCCCCAUACAUACUUACGACAUAUUUACGUAGGUUGGUUACUGGUUUGCUUCUUUUCUGUUUCGGUAUGCGAUUCAGAUAGCGGCCGAGGCUAUGUGGAGAUGUUUCUCGAACUCUACGUUAAAUGGGGUGUCUGUAUCGCUAUGGCCAAAAUUACCUCAAAUGGGGUAAGGCCUGUAGUUGAGUAUAUAGCAUGACUAUAUGCGAUAACUGUGUACGUAAUUAUUGACGAGGCAUUAGUGCACUUUUGUUCAUUUUUUGCUAAAAGUGAAAAUACACGGUUCAAUCAAAUUGAAUCACUUUGCUUGAAUGGAGCAGAAAUGAAAGGAAUGCUGUUUACACGGUAUCUGGAAAAUGAACUGUUCAAAACAUUUUCUUCGAAAGAUGUCGUCGAAUGAGGUCGUACGUUUAGGAGUUGCAAUAAUAUGUGAUCAUAUAAUAAAAGAAUUAUCGAAAAAGAAGCUAAUGAAACGCCGUCGUUGGUGGGUGCGAUCAUGGGUAUUAAUUAAGAAGGCAAGCCUUAGGAGCGUCAUACCGUCUAUUGAGAGAACUGGCAGAAGAGGAUCCAGAUGCAUACCUCAAUCAUCUUCGCAUGAAUGAAGCAAAAUUUGAUGAACUUCUUACAAUGGUUACACCGUUAAUUCAGAAAGAAAAUACUAUGAUGAGGGAUGCUUUGCCCGCAAGAGUGAAAUUGCAAAUCAUUCUCAGACAUCUUGCUACUGGGGAUUGUUUUGGAUCAUUGGAAGCAUUAUACAGAGUACCGAGAUGCUCAAUAUCAUCUUUUUUCGAAGCAGUGUGUGAAGCGAUAUGGAUAGUACUACGAGAUUUUAUUAAGGUUCCACAAAGCGAAAGUGAAUGGAGAAAGAUAAUGAAUAGUUUUUCCAAGAUGUGGAAUUUUCCAAACUGCUGUGGAGCCAUGGAUAGAAAGCUAGUAAAGAUAAGAUGCCCGCCAAAUAGUGCUUCUGAGUAUUUUUAUUACAAAAAAAAUUUCAGUAUUAUUU